AUGUCGUGGGCUCCGCUAGCCGUUGAGAGUAUCGUCAUUUUUGCCGUUACAGUCUUUCUUGUUCACAGAUAUGGCGACCUGCGGAAGCAUUAUGUGUUUACAUCUGUGUUUGUGAUCAUAACCUGGUUUAUUUCUUUUAUGAUCGUCUUCCUAUUGCCUAUUGAUAUCAGUGCUACGCUUUUUAAUCGAUGUAUUGAAAAACAUUCUGGGGUCAACAACAGCUCGUGCGAGGAACCUUGGUCUUAUGUCAGUGUUCAGUCAUUAAAAAUUAUUUGGGACAUCAUCUAUUGGUCUUCACAACUGCUCACAUGGAUCAUUUUGCCGUUUGUUCAAUCUUAUGUGACUGCUGCGCAAUUUACCAUUCGUGGAAAGUUAGGAGCAAUGUUGAAAGAGAAUGCUAUUGUUUAUGGGACUCUGGCUGUAAUCGUGGCGAUUUUUCUUAUCUAUGUAAUUGCAGCUGGAAAACUGAAUGGUGCUUCUCUUACUGGCAUUGCUGUCACUGCAUCAAAUACUUGGGGUCUUUUUGUGCUUGUUAUUCUUCUUGGCUAUGGUCUGGUUGAUAUUCCACGUUCAGUGUGGCAUUUUAGCCAGUUGGAUUACAGUCUUAAUUAUUCAUAUUUCAAAGUAGCAAAAUUAAAGCUUGACUUGGAGGAUGCAAAAGCAAGCCUGAAUGAAGUGUGUGAUGAGGUGAAGACUUUACUGCAGAAGAUUCGAUACAAUGAUCCUUUCUAUAAAUACAUUGACACAAUUGCCAACAAGUGUCCUCAAGGUGUUAUCUCUCAGUCUGAUCGUACACUUGAUGAUUUUGAUGAUUUUGAUGAUGGGCAAAGUCAAGACACUAUCUCAAUGUCAAGACUUAUAUCUACUCAUAGAAAUGUGAUUAGAGCCGUUCGUGACACAAACAGAAUGCAAACCCAGUGGGAUGUGCUGAUUGAAAGAGCUUUAGGUUAUGAAGAUAUCAAGGCUCAAGCACUAAGUAGUGAUCAUCGAUUUCGGCCAUCUUGGAGGUCACCAUCAUCGCCUUUGCUGUGUAAAGCAGAAUUUCCUUGUCUGGAGUGGUGGUGGAAAGUUCGUCUUCGUCGCCUAGUUUUUGUAUUCAUUGCCAUUCUUUGUGUAUUGGCAUCAGUAAUCAGCGUUUGGUCUGAAGUAACAUUUUUCAGCACUAAGCCUAUUUUGUCAAUUUUUGCUUGGCUUGUAAAAGCAACAGGAGUGGAUCAGCAAGCAUUUAUUCUGACUGAACUGUUAUGCAUAUUGACAGUUGGAUAUCUGGCUGUUUGUGCGUAUUACACCAUAUUCCAGUUUCGAUUUUUCAGCUACUACUAUCUCGCUCCUCAUCACCAUACAGAUGAAGGCUCUCUCCUUUUCUGUGCAAUGUUUCUCAGUCGACUAACUGCUCCCCUUUGUCUCAAUUUUUUGGGAAUGAUUCAUCUUGAUAGUCACGUGACUGGAGAAUCUGAUGAAUCAAAUGAAACAGCUUUCACACAAACAAUGGGUCACAUGGAUGUCAUUCCUUUUAUGGCCAAUUACUUCUUUGUCUAUUUUCCAUGUAUUCUACUUCUUCUUUGUCUUCUUACUUUAGUAAGGGCAGGCAGCCGCAUUCUUAACUGUUGUGGAAUUCAGCAGUUUCUUGAAAAUGACGAGAUGUCAAGUGAUUUAAUCAGUGAGGGGAAGGAGUAUGUGAGGAUUGAGCGGAAAAGAAGAGGACAAGAUCCCGAUCGAAUAAAGACAUCUUCCCAUCUGCUUGUUGAUAUGCAGGCCACAAGGACAAUUGAUCAAUCUCGAGCAUCUACAAGAGGAGGUAGACGUCCAAAAUCACGUGAUGUUCAAAGAGUAAAAUAUAAUCGUGGGAAGAAAAGAGAUGAUAAUGUGGAACUGAUGACGUCAAUGGAGGGUGCAGAAUCAGAUCAAAACUUAUCUCUCAACAGUCCAUCACUUGAUAUACACAGAGGGUCCAAGGGCGGGUCUGUUGUUGCAAGAGGAGUGUUUAAUGAUAUGUAGUCUAGGUGUUGAUUUGCUUUCUGUAGCAGUUCAAUGAUAAAACAUAACACAAUACAUAUAUUAUUUGGUAGUUAUUUUUGAAGCAAGAAAUUAAAUUGCCUCGGCCUCCCA